AUGAGCUCCUGGUCAACUUGGCCUUUUUUUCUGCAGCUUUUUGUAGUUUGGGUGGCGUACAAUGGCAUCCAGGUUGCCCUGCAGGCUGCCUUUGGUCGCCGUUACCGCUCCUUUCUUGAGGGCUGUGGCCUUAGCCUCGGGUCCUUUGGCUUUCGCUGGCAUACUUCUCGGGCCGAUCGCCUAGCCGUCUUCAUCUCACGAUGGGGCGUCAACUUUUGGCGCCAUUGGUUCGCGGUGGGCGGUCAUGUCAGCGUGGCCAUUAUGGUUCUUGCCAUUCUCCUCGUCUUCUAUAACCUCGGCUCUCUGCUGAUCGCUGUUCUCCACGCGGCCCUCGUUCAGUCGACUCGUGGCUUUUCUCGCCGUCUCAGCGAAGUCGACCCUAACAAUUACAGCGUCACCGGCAGCUCCGCGGGAGCACCGUCCACCGCACAUCACCCGCCGAGCACAGAGGGGCUGGGGCAUGAGCCAGUCAUGAUGGUCGUCCCCCUUAUUCCCGGCGUCAACCUGCCCGUGAGCCAUUUGGGCUACCUCAUCGUUGCCGUGUUUAUCAACGCCGUCCUUCACGAAAUCGGUCACGCCGUGGCGGCGCGCUGUCAGGCCGUUUUUGUGCGCAGUGGCGGCGCCUUCUUCACCGUGGUCUAUCCGGGAGCCUAUGUCGAGCUCGACACGGAGCACCUUCAAAACUGCACCCCAUUUCAACAGCUUCAAAUUGCCGGCGCAGGCAUAUGGCACAACGUGAUCCUCACACUCAGUGCCGCGCUCUUACUCAUCAUCUUUCCUGAUGGUGACUGCGUUACAGAGACCAUUGCGGACUGGAACGAGUGUCUGAGGAAUGUCUUUGUGUAUAUCGCGUCUUCUGUUUCAACUCAUGGCCUUGCCUGGUUCGACCGCGGCCACAGCUUGUGUUUUACGCACGCCGCUCUCGAGAUGCGCAACCGUUUUCACAAUUUCAGCUGUCUGCCUGCCCGCCAGAUUUCACCGAGUCUAGCCUUGGUGAACGCCCUGCCCUGCAUCCAGUUUGAUGGCGAGCUCGUUCUCAACCAGGCCAUGACGCUCUUGCUAUCAUCGAGUCGCUUUGACGAGGAGCGCCGUGUGUUCCUUGUGCAUGCCAUUGUGCUGCUCAUGACCGCGGCUAGUGCGCUGCUGCUGGUUUGCAGCUUGAUAUGGCAGCUGGUCGUGACGUGA